AUAGGUUUCUCGAGCGGAAUUUGAACGCAAAUAACAUCAAGAUGGAUAUACGAGGAGCAGUUGAUGCUGCCGUCCCAACGAACAUCAUCGCCGCCAAGGCAGCCGAGGUUCGCGCGAACAAGGUCAACUGGCAGUCCUACCUCCAGGGUCAGAUGAUAUCAGGGGAAGACUGUGAGUUCAUCAAGAAGUUUGAGGUGGCCCAUUCUGAGGAGAAGCAGGCCAUACUUACCAAUGAGGGACAUCAGUGUGCGAAGACAUUUCUGAACCUCAUGGCUCAUAUAUCUAAGGAGCAAACUGUUCAAUACAUCUUGACUCUGAUUGAUGACACGCUACAGGAAAAUCACCAGAGGGUGAACAUCUUUUUUGAUUAUGCAAAGAAGACCAAGAACACAGCCUGGUCUUACUUCCUCCCCAUGCUGAACCGACAGGACCUCUUCACGGUCCACAUGGCUGCAAGGAUCAUUGCCAAGCUGGCUGCCUGGGGUCGUGACCUUAUGGAAGGAAGUGACUUGAACUACUACUUCAACUGGAUCAAGACCCAGCUUAGCUCUCAGAAACUACAUGGUACAGGUCCAGAAACAGGAACAGGGACCAUCUCUCCCAGUGAAAGCUCACAGUAUGUGCAGUGUGUUGCUGGCUGUCUGCAGUUGAUGCUGAGAGUCAACGAAUACCGAUUUGCCUGGGUAGAAGCCGACGGUGUGAACUGCAUCACGGCGGUGCUCAGUAAUAAAUGCGGCUUCCAGCUGCAGUAUCAGAUGAUCUUCUGCGUGUGGCUCCUGGCCUUCAGUCCACAGCUCUGUGAGCAGCUGAGACGCUACAAUGUGGUGCCUGCUCUCUCUGACAUCCUGCAGGAGUCUGUCAAAGAGAAGGUCACUCGCAUUAUCCUGGCUGCUUUCAGGAAUCUCCUGGAGAAGUCUGCAGAGAGGGAGACCCGUCAGGAGUAUGCCUUGGCUAUGAUCCAGUGCAAGGUUCUUAAACAGCUUGAGAAUCUCGACCAGCAGAAAUAUGAUGACGAGGACAUAACGGAGGACAUUAAGUUCCUCCUGGAGAGACUGGGUGAAAGCGUUCAAGAUCUUAGCUCAUUUGAUGAGUACAGCUCAGAGCUGAAGUCAGGCCGUCUGGAAUGGAGUCCCGUGCACAAGUCGGAGAAAUUCUGGAGGGAGAAUGCGGUUCGCUUGAACGAGAAGAACUAUGAACUACUGAAAAUUCUGACCAGGUUGCUGGAGGUGUCUGAUGAUCCUCAGGUCAUUGCGGUGGCAGCACAUGAUGUUGGAGAGUAUGUGAGACAUUACCCACGCGGUAAACGAGUGAUUGAGCAGCUGGGGGGGAAGCAGCUGGUGAUGAACCACAUGCAUCACGAGGACCAGCUUGUUCGCUAUAACGCCUUGUUGGCCGUGCAGAAACUCAUGGUUCAUAACUGGGAGUACUUGGGAAAACAGCUUCAGUCCACAGAGCAGGCUCCAGCUGUGGCCGCACGAAGCUGAGCUUUUUGUGUGUGUGUGUAUGUGUGUAUGUAUGUGUGUGUGUGUGUGUGUGCGUGCGUGCGUGUGUACCUGUGUGAUUUGGUGUGUUUACUGCAUUGUGAAUGUCUGUCAGUGUCAUGCUUUGGAUUUAUGAGUCCCACAAAGAUCAUAUUGGUGUUAUGGAUGAAUAUACUGUAUCGAUAUCCUUAUAAUCCUCCCCCACAAUCAGUCAUAAGAAACCCCCUCCAAGAACUUAAUUUCAUUCUGUAGAACAGUGUGUCCUCUUGAUUAGAUUGGUGUUCAAAGGUUUAAGUAGAUCUCAAAACUAAUGAUGUUAAAUGUUAUUUAUGUAUUACG